GAUACUCAAAUAGAUUUUAUACAUUCAAUCGUAUAAAUUUUUGAGUUCAAUUGAUUCUGCCAAGCUAUAUAAUCGUUUGGAGGAUAAUUAUAUCUUGAAGAACAGUGAAAUGUCGGUUCCCGAUGCGAGUCGCAAAACGCAGAAAUGGCAUGGACUGUUCUUGUUUGGACCGACAACAUGUGCAGUGGGUUAUUGGAUGCUGAAGGGUCUCUCAAGACUCACGAAAGAAGCUAAUCUCGACGGCUUCAGACCACACGCUCCUUUGUGGUUGCUAAUGUUAAUGUUGCUGUUUCAUUGGUUUGUUCUCUAUCGCCUGUAUUUUCAUCCUUUGGCGGCAUUUCCUGGUCCGAUGUUGGCUUCCGUUACCGACUGGUACAAUGUCCAUCGUUGUCUCAAGGGCGACCGUCAUUUAAAUGAAUAUCGGCUCCAUGAGAUAUAUGAUUUUAAAAAAGCCACAUCUAGUCCUCUAAUGCGUACUGUUGGACACUCUGAAAUUAACAAUUAACGAAACUCCCAGGACCAAUUGUACGAGUUGGACCGAAUCGACUAUCUCUCAACAGCACUACCGCUCUUCAAGACAUAUAUAGCUCUGCCGCCAACACGCAGAAGUCCGACUUUUAUACGAUAUAUCACUACUUUUUCAAAGGUCCAUCUGUCCUCACCACUAUCGACAAAAAGAUUCACGCGCUCAAGAGACGUAUUCUGGUCAAAGCUCUGAAUCCACAGGCGGUGCAAGAGCUACAGAAUCUGAUCUAUCAAAACUCUCAACGAUUCUCCGAAUAUCUUCGAGCAGGAAAAAAUGGGAAGGUGUCAGCGGGCGAAUGGACACACCCCCACGAUAUGUCAAAAGCUUUGACAUAUCUACUAGCGGAUAUUAUGGGUGAUGUAACUUUCAGUCGUAAUUGGGGGAUGUUAAAAGAUGAGGAAAAUCGACAUGUGAUAGACCUCAUGGCUGAUGCGGCUCUUGCUAUGAACACGCUAGGAUACAUGCGUACAGUGGAAAAACUCGGCCUAUUCAGAUUGAUCCCACGAUCUUUAUUAAAUGGUGCCAAUAAGCUUUUUGCUCUCAGCAAAUCUCAGACAGAUUGGCGGGUAAAUCACAAAAAGGAUUUAGCUAACGCGGACAUUUUCUCUGCCAUUCUUGCUGCACAAGAUCAAGAAGCUGGAGAGAUCUUUACUCAAGAACAAUUAAUUGCUGAAGCCGGUGUCUUGAUAAUAGCUGGCAUGGAUACCACUGCAUCAGGGCUAACGGCAACCAUCUUUUACCUUCUUCACUACCCACUUGUCUACGAACGUUUACAAAGGGAAAUCAGAGAGAAAUGGGCGAAGGUCAGUGAAAUCAAAGUUGGCGCAAAGCUGAAUGAAUACAAAUAUCUUACGGCAUGUAUUGACGAGGCCAUGCGACUUUCGCCUGGUGUUGGGGCCGGUAUACCAAGGGAGGUUAUGAAAGGAGGGGCUAUUAUCGAUGGUUACGCCAUUCCAGCUGGAGUCACAGUCGGGGCCUCCGCCUACAGUAUUCAUCACGAUGAAAGAUAUUUCGGAGACCCAUUCGUUUAUAUGCCUGAGCGUUGGCUUGAUCGAGAGGGCGAAAAUGACUUAUCAAAGGGAAGUGCCCGAAACUCCAAAGUCUUUGAACCAAAAGCUUUCACCCCAUUCGGCACUGGGAGAACUAGCUGCAUAGGUAAAUAUCUGGCAUAUCAGGAGAUGGAAGUAGUGUUGGCACGAUUGAUCUGGGAGUUUGAUAUGAGACUGAGUGUUCAAGAGGGAGUAGGACUUGGGGAGGGUAAGAAGGGGAUGGGUUGGGGCAGAGAGAGGAAGCGAGAGUUCCAGACUUGGAACAGAUUUGUUAGUUGGCAUGAAGGCCCAAUGGUGGAAUUUAGAUUGAGAAGCGGGAAUGAGAGUAACCGGGAUGAUCUGUGAAGUGUUGGGCCCAUUAGUUAGUCUUGAUUGAGAAUGGUGUAAUCCUUUCGAAUGUUGGGACGGCAGAGUACUAGGGAAGCGCGGAAGCUACGGAGUGAUUUAUUGUCUCUUUUUUUCGCGGUUGAUUCGUAUAUGCAGGCCAAACCUUUAGAGUAGCCCAGAGUUAAACUUUUCGUUAGGUUUACUAGAUGGAUAUGCUACAACAUAGCGCGAAAGCUUCUUCAGCUUGAUAUUGACAUCAAUAUUUAAAACUCCGAAUAUACUGGCCAGACCCAGUACUUUGCUAGUAGAUUAUACAAUUAAUGUUAUCAUUCUAGACUUUC